CACGACAUUGUUUCGCAGGAUAAAGCGAUUCUUAGAGCUACUGAGUAUCGAAUUCGAUAUUCCUAGGGCGACGAAAGAGGUCGGAAUCGGAGAUGCCUGGGUUGGAAGAAUAAAGUCGAAGGCUCGUUGGCGACGAUAAAAUUCCACACCGAAGACUUUUUUCGUAGAACAUGUGCGUCGCAUAAAAAAAUAUCAUUGUAAAUUCAAGAGAAACAUAUCGCAGAAAAUAUCGAUGACACAUUGUAAUAUAUGUAUAUCUAUACAUGAAAUUGUUGAUGUUAUAAAUGGGAAAAGCAACAAUAAUGAUAUGAUAUUUGCAUGAUCAUGCAAUAAUGCAUGAUAUAAUAUUUUAAUAUGAAAAAUGAGAUUAGAGACGAAAGCUGCGUCUCUAUAUUACUGAUCUACGCCACUGAGAUCUAGAGGUAUUGCUGCAAUAAACUCAAAUGCUUUCCGCUCCUUUUACCCAGUACGGUCGAGUCUGUCAAACACGAUGGUCGUUCCUUCUUUAUCUGUGUCUACUCUUCACUGAGUAAACUUUAAAUUUUUCCAUCCCAGUGAUGAACAAAUUAGAUUUAUUGGAAAAUCAACAACAACGAUAGAGCAAGUUAUCAUUUACUCUAAAUUAUUCCAGCAUUGUUUUAUAUCGUUGAUAUUUUAUCGUUACAAAAGAUAUUAAACGUAAAAAGAAGAAAGAAAAAAGAAUGAACCACCAAGAAAUCGAAAAGUGGAAAAGUUAAAGAACAAUGAAAUUAUGAGGAUCAAUUAAAUAGAAAAAUAACAAAUGUUGUCGAAGAGUUAUCUCUUAUAGAGAAGAAAAGGAUAAAGAAAGACAAGGAGCAAAAGGAGGAGGAGACGAAAAGCUAGUGGGCGGAGAUAAAGGACCAAAGGGACGAAUCUUGAUCACUUUCGCCUGUGGUUUUGUUCGCUGUUCUAAUCGGAAGGGGAAAAAACCCGUUGGACAGGUUUUAAAGAGGGCUAGAACUGAAAUAUUCGAGCCACUUAACAUCGUAGAUUAUUAUAAAUUUUUAAAAACGUGAAAUUAGAUGGUUUAUUGAUUGUUCGAUUUAAAAAUAAAAGUUAAAAAAGAAAAAAGAAGAAGAAAUAUUGGAAUUAUUAUCUCGACGGAUUUGAUAAAUGCUGUUCAUGUUUGGAAUUUAAUCAAUUUGUGACUUUUGCUGCGUUUGUUUCAAUUAAAGUGAACAAUAAGUUGAAAAGGAAGAAAAUAUGAAAGUGUUAUUUUAAAAAAAUAAUGCAACGAAAUGUGAGUUUAACGUAUAUCAAAGAUUCACAUGUAAUGUGAAUCGAGAAAAUAUUAUAUAUAUCGAAGAAAAAUGGAUGCUAUUUCUCUCUUUGGAUGAAUAUUUUAAUAUUUUUUGAAUUAAACAAAAAGGAUAAGAAGAAAAGAAAAGAAAAACACAAUAUUAAUAGUGUUUUAUAAAGUGCAGUGUGAUUUAGACAUUUCUAAAUAUUUAAUAUUUAAAUAUCGUUAGUUUUUUUUUUGUCACAAUGACCUCUGUUUUCCCUGAAGAAAAGUCAAAAGUUGCAAAAAUAAAGCAAAAAUUAAUGAACGAUGUACACAUGAAGGAGGAAACACGAUCAUUUCUUAGCUUCUCCAGAGAGAAUUUGAGUAUCUCUCAAUCUGACCUUGAACAAGGCUACAAUAAACAACGUUUUCGACCAAACAGAAAUACGAUUCUAAGCGUGACGGCACUCUUAAUUGCAUUUCUUUGCUUGGGUCUUGAAUGUUGGGAGUUUCGUUAUUCUUUGAUCAAUGCACGAGAGAUUGAAGAUUUGAAACGAAGUGUGGACAGUUUGAAACAUCGUAUUUUAGAAGAAGAUCUACUCGACGAAGUCAAAGCUUUUGAAGAACAGGUGAUGCUUUUUUAUUCACUAUUAUAUACAGAAGAAUUCAACGAUGAUGAUGAUGAUAACGAUGAUGACGAUGACGACGACGACGACAAUGCAGAGGAAGUAAAUAUCGAUAAGACAGAUUACAAUUCCAACUAUGACGAGGAUACGUUUUCUUUACAAGAUUAUACUCCGAUAUUUGGCGCCAGACCAUCCGAUUUCCCUGAUUCCUCGUCGACAAUCGCUCCAGUACCUUCUCCGCCGGAUCCUCCUAUUGCAGAUAAAACGUUAAUGAAAUUAAUACCAACAGCGCGUAAGGUCGGGGCCAAACAAAGCGAAGAAUCGAAGAAAAAUCAUGAUAACUCGAAUCGAGACCGCAGUCGGGAUAAGAAUAACUUGGAAGGGGAAAUGGAGAAUCAUAAGAAUGAUACUAAGCGAAAACGAGAUGUGUCAGACAUUAAUGAUAACACGAAAGACUUUUUAUUGGAUUGGAAAAUAACCUUAAAACGUAAACGAUCGAUUGAUCAAAAGAAUUAUAGUUCCAAGAGAUUACUCGUUAACAGACAUUUGUUUAAAAAUCAUACCAAAAGAACAAUUGCUUCUGAUUCCACUUCUCGAGAGAUGUCAAAGGAAAAAUCUGCCCAGGACGAGCAAAAUAUGUCUGUUGUAUCCAGUAGGCAUCCUCCAAAGAAAUAUUAUAUUCACUCGUCUUUGGAUAACACCGAGGCAUCUUCUUCGAUACCUCAUAACGAGUCUAACAUACAAGUUGCAACGAACCGCAUUAAAAAAAUUCCACGCAAAUUUCGAAAAAAUACGAGCCAUUCUCGAAAAGUGAUCGCGGUCCAUUACGAUGGAAAUAAAAAUGGAUAUUCAGAGAAAGAUAUUUAUGCUGGAAAUGGAAGAAUUCGUCAUGGAAAUAGCAUGUUUAAAGCAUGGAAACCAAGCGAUUGGGUGAAUAAUCUUGGCAUGAAUGACUAUUUCAAAAUGUCCAACGAUGGGAGUGUUACCAUUUAUGAACCAGGAUUGUAUUUAGUUUAUGCGCAGAUUCAUUACAAUGACGAUCACGAUGAAAUUGGAUUUCAUCUUCAAGUGAACAAUCAACCUAUUCUUCAAUGCAUGAUCGACAAUUCGGGCCAUGCGCGCAACAUUAGCCAAACUUGUUUCUCAGCUCAAGUGACACUUCUUAGAAAAGAAGACGUUUUAAUUUUCAAGGAAGCCAGCUCACCGAGAUUCGCUAUUUUCGAUAAGGAGAACAGUUUCUUUGGAUUAGUGAAACUUGGAGAACUGGGAAAGCAUUUGAACUAAUCAGUUUCAAUACGUAUUUAUCUGGAACAAAUUAAAAAAGAAACAAAGUCUUACUAUCGUAAAAAAUAAUUUAUUAAACAUUCAAUGAUGCAACAAUAACAUUAAAGUCGUCACUUUAAUCGUUGUUGACUCGAUAAAGAUAGACGUUGGUCAAUUUCAUUAAUUAAAGACCAAUCGAUUCUAUUUCUAUCCAUAAAUGCAUAUUGCCAUUGUAAAUAAAAUUCCUAUAGUUUAUUAAUAUAAACACUUUUUUAAGCCGUAGAUUUUUAACAGAAUCCAAAGAAAGUGAGAGUGCAAAUGGAAGUAAAGUUACACUAAAAUAUCGAUGAAAUAAAUUUUGAGAUGUAACACUUGUUUUAACAUGUAAUAUCGCAGAUUAAUUUUUUUUCGCGGUAUUUUUUGGCUCGUUGACUGUCAAUUGGAAUCAAGUCUCCAGGGCAAUCCAUCAGAUCGACAAUGAAGUUCGGUUUCAGCAGCUUUGUUGGAAAAAUUGAUGAAGCACGAUCUUCGAAGAUUAGAUUCGAAUCUAUGUAUUUAUGUUGAUAUUGUUGCAGAGGUUGAUAAAUCGUAACAAUUUCUGGACAGGUUGUAUCUCUAUCUAUAUAAGCAUGAAAUUUAUUUUCUUCCACUGGAACUCUCACCUAAUAAAAUUAUUCUAAAUUAAGAAAUUUAAUUUAUAAGAAUUGAAGUGUUAACGAAUAAUAAAAAUCUAAUAUCUAAA